AUGUCACAAAUUGUUGAACGAUCACAAUUGGAGCCAUUAAGGUAUUUUUCUUUGGUUCUUAAGACCUUUUUGUUGACAAACAUCAUGUUUUCGAAGCUAAGUAGACCUUCUAUUGGUUUCGGACUUCGUUUCUUGGAACAAGUAAACACCAACAAUUCGAAUAAAAAUGUCGUUUUCUCUCCUUUAAGUGUCAUCUUAGCCUAUGGAAUGUUAUUGGAAGGAGCGACUGGUAGAACUGAAGAUCAGAUCAAAGAGGUUCUCCAAUUAUCUUCUAUUGGUGAUCAAAAUUCUGACGUUUCUCAAGCCGCGAAAAAGCUUCUUGAUGAAUAUAAAUCGAUUGCUGAAGGUUCGAGUGAUCGCAACUUCUCAUUGGUUUUAGGUAAUUUGGCGAUAGCCAAUAGAGCUUAUCCAUUAAAAGAAGCGUUUGUCCAAAGCUUAUCGACUAAUUAUUUCGCUCAAGCGACAAAUGAAGAUUUUCUUAAAGGAGUUGAAGUCAUGAAUAAGCUAAACUCGUGGGUCUCUGAAAAGACUUUUGGCAAAAUCGAUGAAAUCUUACCCGAACCUCCGACUCCACAAACGAUAUUAAUGCUGAUAAACACCGUUUAUUUCAAAGGAAAAUGGGUCGAACCAUUUAAUAAAGGAACUACAUUUGAUGAGACUUUCAAUAAUUCUGAUGGAACUACGAGUAAAAUCAGAAUGAUGUCAAUUCGAAUAAAAUCUAAUUACCUUCACAAUUCCGUAGAUAAAUUCAAGAUUGUUGAGCUUCCAUACAUCGGAGAUGUUAGUAUGAUCUUCAUUCUACCCACCGAAUCCAACACUUUACCCGAUUUACUUCGUACAUUGAAUUCAAUUGGAUUAGAAAAUCUAUUGGGUUCUAUGAAAUCAACAAAGCUUCGUACUCUUAAUAUUCCAAAAUUCAAGCUUGAAGAUACCCACAAGUUACAUGAGAUUCUUCCUCGUAUGGGAAUGGACUUGCCGUUUAGUGGACAUGCAGAAUUUCAGAAUAUCACCGAAGAAUCUAAACUACUAAUAUCCAAAUCAAUUCAAAAGGCUCUGAUCGAAGUCGAUGAAGAGGGAACUGUCGCUGCAGCGGUGACGGCCAUUAUAACGAUGAAAUCCGCUAGGAAAUCUUCACAAGUAGAAGAAGAUUUCAUUCUUGAUCGACCUUUCAUCUUCAUGAUUCGGGACAAUUUAACCGGAGUCAAUCUCUUCCUUGGUCAAAUAAACAAAAUGUCCAGUCUAAAGUGACCCAUUCCUUAUAUCCUAUGUACACUCUAUAACAAAUUUUUUCCUUCAUCAACUAAUUGCGGUUCAAGUUUUACAUACACUCGAUUUCUAAUAAUUGCUAAUUGUUGAUUGCUCUCAAUAAACUUUCAAUCGUAAUAUCAA